GCUCCCCCAGUGUGUCCGACUCCAGGAUAUUCCGGGAGGCCCGGGGUCGCGGCGGCAGCAGCGAGCCGCACAUCAAACGGCCAAUGAACGCCUUCAUGGUUUGGGCCAAGGACGAGCGGAGAAAGAUUCUGCAGGCCUUCCCUGACAUGCACAACUCCAACAUCAGCAAAAUCCUCGGCUCACGCUGGAAAGCCAUGACCAACCUGGAGAAGCAGCCGUACUACGAGGAGCAAGCUCGCCUCAGCAAGCAGCAUCUGGAAAAGUACCCAGACUACAAGUACAAGCCACGGCCCAAACGCACCUGCCUGGUGGACGGCAAGAAGCUGCGUAUUGGCGAAUACAAGGCCAUCAUGAGGUCCCGCAGACAGGAAAUGAGACAAUAUUUCAGUGUGGG